AUGAGCUCUAAAAGAUCACUAAAGGAAAUAUUAGACUCGGAAUAUGUGGAAAAUAGUGAUUCUGAAGUCGAAGAGCAAAACGAUGAUAUUAAUGAAGCAGAUGAGUCAAAUGAGGUAGUUGAUCCAUCGUUCUGUAUUGAAUGUAAAGAUAUGAAGACUGAGAUUCUAUGUAAGGAUUGUGAUGAGCAUUUUUGUGUGGUUUGUUUUGAAAUGUUGCAUAGAGGAGGUAAGCGUAAAUUUCAUGAGUAUAUGAAAAUUAAAACCGAUAAUGGUAAAGAAGAUUCAAACCAAAGUGAGCAAGAACAAAAGACUGUUCAAGAUUCUGCCAAUGGUGAACUAAAUGAUAAUGCGCAAGAAGAAACUCCAAACCCUCAGUCAAUCCCAGAGAAUGCAAACUCCAUGAAUGAAAAACUUCUCGGAAUAUUGAGAGGUAAUGCUAAAUUCAUACCUAUGAGAUUGUCUUACGACGAGAGACAUCUUUUAAGAUUGUUAGAGGCUGCAUUACAAGUAUCUGAAUAUACAGAUCGUGUUGAUAUUCUUUCAAACAGACCAAAAUCUAAAAGAAUCGUAGAUCAAUUAAAAGAGAUUUGUUCUGUCUUGACUGGUUUAGUUAUUGCAUCCAAUCUAAAAAUUGGUAAAAAACUUUUAGAAAUGAGAAAUUUCUCUGAUAAUGCCAAAUGGUUCCAGGAUGUAUUUGAAAUCGGGAGACGUUACAAAAUUAUGAACCCUGAGAGAAUGAGAGAUACUUACGGUAAACUUUGUUAUAUGGUUAUGGAUUCUAGAUUACCUCAAAUUGAGGACCAUAUGGAAUUUCAUCUUUUCAAGCCUAUCCAGACUGUCGAAACAUUCCUUACGUCAAGAGAUGUGACGGAUAAGAACCCUAUGGAUCUGUUUGACGAUACCAUGAUAUUCUAUGCAACAAGCCAUAUAUCUCCAGUAGGGAAAACAAGAUCUUACAUUAAUAAACUAAUUAAACAAAAGGAACAAGCCAUUGAAACAUUAGCAUCGAAAUACUCUAGUUCACUGUACUCCAAGGAUGAUAUCCGUCAAGUACUUUAUUCAAUUGGUGAUUACAAUGCAUUUGUAAAUAUGAACAGAAAACCGGUAAUGAGAAUGCUAGAAAGGUUAGAAGUAUUCCUCCAACCAGAAGUUGAAACAAAAUAUUCCAUUGGGAUUCAAUAUGGUAGAGAUGGUGCACGUUUAACGCAUGAUCAUAAGAGGCAAUGGCACUACGUACAACAAUCACUAACUAUUUGGUCAAUUAUUCAAAGAGAGAUGAUCCAUCUUUGGUAUAUUGCUGAUUCUGAUUUAUUCGAUGGUUCUGCAUACAGACUAACAUCUACUGGACAUGGUCUUAACCGUAUAAAACCAUGCCCAGGUAUUUAUAGAGAAAUGCAUAAGAUCCUAACUGAAUGUAGAUCAAGAACUGAAACUUGGAUCGGUUCCUCUGUCGUUCACUUGGGAGAUGACGCGGUACCAAAUGCUCUCUUUUUCCUUGAUAAAUAUACACAAGUUCCAAGCAUAUUGAUUCCAUUCGAUCAAACGUUAUUAAAGAUAAAUGAGCUUGUUAAAAAUGAUCCAUAUAUUCUAGAUUAUAUCAAUAAAGAAUACGGUUCAGUUGACGAUUUAAAAUUAACUAUUCUUCAAGAUGCAUUUGCACACAUGUUCGAUGGUUCAGGUGCUGAUAAUUUCUAUAUGAGUGGUUCCUGCAUUGAUGGUAGAUUAACAUCUGCUUGGAAUCAUUGCAAUGAAAUAGCUAAGAAAAAGUAUUUCAAUAUAUUCCUCCUAACAGGCUUUAAUGGUUUUAAUGGUAGUGAAGGAUUUUAA